AUGUAAUUAUCUUAUUACCAAAUAAAAGUAAAUGAAUGCAUAGAAAAUUUGAAAGAAGGAAUAGAGGUAUAUAUAUUAUUUUAUAAAUUUAAAUAGAACUCAUUUAAGAAAAUUGAUGGCAAACUUGAUGAACUUCUAAAUAAUGAGUUUAAUUAGAUUAAUAUAAUAGUAUCUUAAUAAUAAUAACAAUAACCAAAAUUCAAUUCUAAUAUAUUACUUAAAUUUUAAGAUGACAAUUUCCCAAAAUAAAUCUGUUAAGAAGUGACUUCUUUAAUCUAAAUUAAUAUUCAAAAUCAACUCUAAAAGAAAGAACAAUAAUAUCAAGAAAUAAUUAAACAAAAUCAAAUAAAAUAGGAAAAUUAAAUUAAAUAAAAGGAUUCUUAGAUUAAUUCAUAAACUAUUCAAUAAUCAUCAAAAUUUAUAUCUACUCAAUCGAAUCUCAAAUCAUUUAAUUAUUAAUUAAUUAAAGAAAAUUCAAUUUAAUAAGAUCAAUGGUGUAAUGCAAUAGCUGUUAAUAAAGAUUGCUCAAUAUUAGUUGCUGGAUGUGAUAAAUAAAUUAAAGUAUUUGAAUUCACACAAGAAAUCUUAAAAUAAGUUUAAAUAUUAAAUGAACAUGGAAAUUAUGUAUGUACUUUAAAUUUCAUGAAGAGAUCAGAUCAUUUUAUAUCUGGUAGUUAAGAUAAUUCAAUCAUAAUAUGGGCAAGAAAUCAAAAUAAUUCCUGGAUUUGUCAAUAGAAAUUGAAUGGACAUACAAGUAAUAUCUACUGUUUGUUAUUAAAUAAUAAUGAAGAUAUUAUUGUAUCUGGUAGUUAUGAUAAUACGAUUAAAUUCUGGUAUAAGUAAAAUGGAUGGUUGUGCUCUUAGACAAUUACAGAUCAUACUGAUCCUGUAUGGGGAUUAAGUUUCAAUAAAUAAUAGAAUAAAUUGAUAUCUUGUGGACAUGAUAAAUCUAUAUUAGUAAUUGAACAACCAGAAUUGAAUAAAUAAUGGAUUGUAAUAUAAAAGAUUAUAGUAGAAUAAUUUGGACAUAGAUUAUGCUUUAUUGAUAAUAAUACAUUCACAUUCUAUCCUUACAGUAGUAGCUACAUAAAUGUUUUUGAGAUCAAUAAUACUAAUAAAUAGUAUACCAAGACAAAAGAUAUACCUGUAAAAGGUAGUAUUGAUGAUUGUUUCUUUGCUUCAUUAUAUAUACAAUCAAAGUGUAUUCUUGUGAAUAAGAAUGGUUCAAAUGUAAGUUUAAUAAGGAAGAAAAAAAAUGGAGAGUUUAUAACUGAACAAUCUAUUGAAUUUGGAACUUAAUUUAUAUAUGGAUAUAUGACUGAUGAUGGACAAUAUUUGAUUACCUGGGAUUAUAAAUCAAAAGAAAUUCAAAUCAGAAAAUAUGAGGAGAAAUGA